UUAAAACGCUUUAUUGAGCCACGUUAUGUCGACAUAACUGGAUAUGUACGUAACGGUGAAGUUCUUAAAAUGAUUGAGGAAGUUGGGCAAGUUGCUGUACGUAGAUAUUGGAUGGGCGAUAUUUCUCCAGGGUUGACUACCAAAUUUGGUAUUUUAGCCGGUAUUGAUAAAUUGAAUUUUCGACAACAUUUACUUCCUGAAGAUUAUGUUCAUCUACAUGCAAGGGUCAAUUAUGUUUCACAACAUUCUCUUGAAGUCCAAGUUGACGUUUAUGCAGAAGAUUUAUCGACCCAUGAACGACGAUUAGCAAAUAGCGUUUCAAUAUGGUAUGUGGCUGCUGAAGUAAUGAAGGAUAGGAGAGUUCGAGUUAUGCAAUUGCCUCCAUUAUAUUAUGAAUGCGCAGAAGAUGAAGAUAAAGGCCAUGAAAGAUAUCAAUUACAACGAGAAAAGCGAUCCAUGGAUUAUCAACUCUACUUAGAUUAUAAGUUUCCUGCAAGGUUAUAUGAAGAUUGGAAUACAAAUAUUGAUUAUAAGAAUGUCCCAAAGCAUUGCGUUCAAUCAUCACAAAUGUCGUUAGAUCGCAUGGUUCAAACUUCAGACUGUAGUGCUCUCGGAUUCGCUACUGCAUCGCCGAUCAUAGAAUUAAUGGAUACAACAGCAGUUAUGGCAGCGUCUAAGCAUUGUGAUAAUGCUUGCAAAACUUUGUGUAUUGAUUCUAUCAACUUUCAUCAUCCAGUACGUAUUGAUUCCUUGCUAACAGCAGUUGCCAAAAUCUCGUCAACAUCCAAGCAUUCGCUUAAUCUUGAAAUUGCGGCAAUAGCUGAAGAUCUAAGUACCGGUCAGAGAGAAUUUGUUGCCAAUGGUUUCUUCAAAUUACUUUCUGCAGAUGAAGAAGGUAAUCCUCUACCUGUACCACCACUGAUAGAUGUAGGCGAGCUAGAACAACUGAGGCUCUAA